AUGUUUAAAAUUAUUGUACUUGUGCUAUCCAUAUUGUGCAUUGAUGGCGCCUAUACAUUCCACGAUUUGGACUCGCAAUGUGCUCCCGAAUUCGAUGAUGAAGCUCUUUACACCAUUGAGGGAGUCAUCCUAAGACCGUUGAAGGACCUAAGCCCGAAACUACAUAUGCGGGAUAUAAGCCUGUCGAUCAAUAGUGGCCAGUUCAAGGGAUUUGUGCGAUCGAAUGGACUCUUCACAAUAAGUGGACUGCCGAAUGGAAGCCACGUUCUGGAGGUGCAUCAUCCGGACAUUUACUUCCAGCCCGUAAGGGUGGAGAUCACCGGAAAGGGAAAGAUCCGCGCUCGCAGUGUGAGCUACAGCCAACCAUCGAUGCUCCGUCAGUUGCCUUAUCCUCUGCGUUUGCAACCACUUUUUCGACGCAACUAUUUUUAUGUUCGUGAGCAGUGGCACCUAAUCGAUGUCCUUCUGAGUCCUUUGGUGCUUUCAAUGCUCGUGCCGAUGCUGUGCAUAAUCAUUCUUCCGAUGGUGAUCAAUGAUCCGGAGACCAAGAAGGAGCUGGACAACAUCCAGUUUCCGAAAAUGAAGGAAAUGCCGGACCUUUGCGACAUGUUGUCCUCAUAUCUUUCAGGAACAUCUAACCCAGAACAAUUGGAAAUUACCGAGAAGCCCCGAAAGAAAGCGCAAUAA